UGGAAGAUGGGAACCUGCUUGUGUUUUGAUGUGUCUACUGUUGUUGUAAACGUGGCUAUUACGAGGUCCAAAUAAAUGUACAGUAAUUCAUACAAGAAAUAUCUGAAUGGCUCUAACUACGCGUACACCAAACUGAAAGCAGAUGACUGUGAUGCAGCGGUGACACCUAAACGUUCCUGUAGUUCCACCAUGCCUCAGAAGCUGAUGAAGAGUGCCCACUACAUCGAGCUGGGGGGGAGAUACCAGUACUGGCCCGUGCUGGUCCCCAGAGGGAUAAGGCUGUACACAUACGAACAGAUCCCAGUGUUCCUGAGGGAUAACCCUUACAUCACAGACGGCUACAGAGCCUACCUGCCCUCCAGGCUAUGCAUCAAAAGUCUGUUCAUCCUGUCCAAUGAGACAGUGAAUAUCUGGAGCCACCUGCUGGGCUUCCUGUUGUUCUUCACGCUGGGGAUCUACGACAUGGCGUCUGUGCUGCCUGCCACCGGGGCCUCCCGGGAGGACUAUGUCAUCUAUUCCAUAGGACUCUUCUGCUUCCAGCUCUGUAUGCUGUGCUCUGUGGGAUACCACCUGUUCUGCUGUCACCGCUCAGAGAAGACCAGUCGCCGCUGGAUGGCUCUGGACUACGCUGGCAUCUCCAUAGGCAUCCUGGGCUGCUACGUACCUGGGGUCUUCUACGCAUUCUACUGCAAUAACUACUGGCGUCAGGUGUACCUGGUGACGGUGCUAGCUAUGAUCCUGGCGGUGUUCUUUGCCCAGAUCCACCCCCACUACCUCAGCAAGCAGUGGCAGCGGCUCCGCUCCAUUCUCUUCUGCAGCGUGGCCGGCUACGGCCUCAUCCCCACCGUACACUGGGUCUGGCUCAACGGGGGCUUCUCUUCGGAGCUCGUACAGUCUUUUAUUCCUCGUGUUCUGGGGAUGUACGUGAUCGCUGCCUUAGCCUUCAUCUUCUACGUCUCGAAGGUCCCUGAACGCUACUUCCCAGGUCAGUUGAACUACCUGGGCUCCAGCCACCAGGUGUGGCAUGUUCUGGUCAUUGUGAUGUUCUACUGGUGGCACCAGGCUGCCCUCUUCAUCUUAACGCACCGCCACAGCCACCCCUGCCCAGACUACACUGUGCACACCUAGGACUGCCCAGAGUAAACUACCCCCGGGCAGACUAGGACUGCCCAGAGUAAACUACCCCCAAGCAGACUAGGACUGCCCAGAGUAAACUACCCCCGGGCAGACUAGGACUGCCCAGAGUAAACUACCCCCAAGCAGACUAGGACUGCCCAGAGUAAACUACCCCCAAGCAGACUAGGACUGCCCAGGCAGACUAUGACCUAGGACUGCCCAAGCUACCCCCAGCAUGACGAGGACUGCCCAGGCUACCCCUAGUGUAACAGAGUAGGCCUCGUCCAGGCCCAUCCCUGGGCUCGAACCUGGACCCUUCUGCACAACACUCACAAAGCAGCGUUACGUCACCCCACACAAAUAACUACUUCAAGGACUGCUGCUACAAAGACAGAUGGACGGAGCCAGAAUAAGCUUGGGAUCCCACUUCUGCCACCAUGGAGCGGCCAUGCCAGAGACAGACCAAGGCAGUACCAACCACAACAAGUCAAAUCCCACCCAGUCAACCAUUUUGAAAUGCUUUGGAUAAUAGCAUCUACUAAAUAGAAUAUAUUAUGAAAUGCUCCGGUGACUGGCUGCAGGAUCUUUAGGUAGUGGGAUGAUGUCACACUACUGAAUGAAAUGCUCCGGUGACUGGCUGCAGGAUCUUUAGGUAGUGGGAUGAUGUCACACUACUGAAUGAAAUGCUCUGGUGACUGGCUGCAGGAUCUUUAGGUAGUGGGAUGAUGUCACACUACUGAAUGAAAUGCUCCGGUGACUGGCUGCAGGAUCUUUAGGUAGUGGGAUGAUGUCACACUACUGAAUGAAAUGCUCCGGUGACUGGCUGCAGGAUCUUUAUGUAGUGGGAUGAUGUCACACUACUGAAUGAAAUGCUCUGGUGACUGGCUGCAGGAUCUUUAGGUAGUGGGAUGAUGUCACACUACUGAAUGAAAUGCUCUGGUGACUGGCUGCAGGAUCUUUAGCUAGUGGGAUGAUGUCACACUACUGAAUGAAAUGCUCUGGUGACUGGCUGCAGGAUCUUUAGGUAGUGGGAUGAUGUCACACUACUGAAUGAAAUGCUCUGGUGACUGGCUGCAGGAUCUUUAGGUAGUGGGAUGAUGUCACACUGAAUGAAAUGCUCUGGUGACUGGCUGCAGGAUCUUUAGGUAGUGGGAUGAUGUCACACUACUGAAUGAAAUGCUCUGGUGACUGGCUGCAGGAUCUUUAGGUAGUGGGAUGAUGUCACACUACUGAAUGAAAUGCUCUGGUGACUGGCUGCAGGAUCUUUAGGUAGUGGGAUGAUGUCACACUACUGAAUGAAAUGCUCUGGUGACUGGCUGCAGGAUCUUUAGGUAGUGGGAUGAUGUCACACUACUGAAUGGAAUGCUCCGGUGACUGGCUGCAGGAUCUUUAGGUAGUGGGAUGAUGUCACACUACUGAAUGAAAUGCUCCGGUGACUGGCUGCAGGAUCUUUAGGUAGUGGGAUGAUGUCACACUACUGAAUGAAAUGCUCCGGUGACUGGCUGCAGGAUCUUUAGGUAGUGGGAUGAUGUCACACUACUGAAUGGAAUGCUCCGGUGACUGGCUGCAGGAUCUUUAGGUAGUGGGAUGAUGUCACACUACUGAAUGGAAUGCUCCGGUGACUGGCUGCAGGAUCUUUAGGUAGUGGGAUGAUGUCACACUACUGAAUGAAAUGCUCUGGUGACUGGCUGUAGGAUCUUUAGGUAGUGGGAUGAUGUCACACUACUGAAUGAAAUGCUCCGGUGACUGGCUGCAGGAUCUUUAGGUAGUGGGAUGAUGUCACACUACUGAAUGAAAUGCUCUGGUGACUGGCUGCAGGAUCUUUAGGUAGUGGGAUGAUGUCACACUACUGAAUGAAAUGCUCUGGUGACUGGCUGCAGGAUCUUUAGGUAGUGGGAUGAUGUCACACUGAAUGAAAUGCUCUGGUGACUGGCUGCAGGAUCUUUAGGUAGUGGGAUGAUGUCACACUACUGAAUGAAAUGCUCUGGUGACUGGCUGCAGGAUCUUUAGGUAGUGGGAUGAUGUCACACUACUGAAUGAAAUGCUCUGGUGACUGGCUGCAGGAUCUUUAGGUAGUGGGAUGAUGUCACACUACUGAAUGAAAUGCUCUGGUGACUGGCUGCAGGAUCUUUAGGUAGUGGGAUGAUGUCACACUACUGAAUGGAAUGCUCCGGUGACUGGCUGCAGGAUCUUUAGGUAGUGGGAUGAUGUCACACUACUGAAUGAAAUGCUCCGGUGACUGGCUGCAGGAUCUUUAGGUAGUGGGAUGAUGUCACACUACUGAAUGAAAUGCUCCGGUGACUGGCUGCAGGAUCUUUAGGUAGUGGGAUGAUGUCACACUACUGAAUGGAAUGCUCCGGUGACUGGCUGCAGGAUCUUUAGGUAGUGGGAUGAUGUCACACUACUGAAUGGAAUGCUCCGGUGACUGGCUGCAGGAUCUUUAGGUAGUGGGAUGAUGUCACACUACUGAAUGAAAUGCUCUGGUGACUGGCUGUAGGAUCUUUAGGUAGUGGGAUGAUGUCACACUACUGAAUGAAAUGCUCCGGUGACUGGCUGCAGGAUCUUUAGGUAGUGGGAUGAUGUCACACUACUGAAUGAAAUGCUCUGGUGACUGGCUGCAGGAUCUUUAGGUAGUGGGAUGAUGUCACACUACUGAAUGAAAUGCUCUGGUGACUGGCUGUAGGAUCUUUAGGUAGUGGGAUGAUGUCACACUACUGAAUGAAAUGCUCCGGUGACUGGCUGCAGGAUCUUUAGGUAGUGGGAUGAUGUCACACUACUGAAUGAAAUGCUCUGGUGACUGGCUGCAGGAUCUUUAGGUAGUGGGAUGAUGUCACACUACUUUGCUCCAGGUGUAGGUUGACCAAGCGCACAGACUCGGCCUGAAAGCUGGCAUUGGGAACAACAAUACGAUACUCCCGAGACUAAUUCUACUUAGCUAGUUGUUUGUAGCUGGAGCAGCAGUGUUUACUCCAGGCCUGGUACUGCCCCCCCCCCCCCCCCCCCUUUUUCCAAUCUGCUGCUACAGGAACACACCUAAAGCACUCGCAAGGUCCUUCCUCUUUCUCUGAACAACAUCCUGUUAACUGUUCAUACAGAUGUGUACUGUGUGUUUUUUUUAAAGUGAACAAUGUUUUGUAGUCUCUUAAUUAAGUGCUUAUCCUGAUCCUAUACCAGGUAGCACUUCUGAUUUAUAUAUUUUAACAUUUUCUUGUUAGUAACGAAGAGACUUAAUUUGAACUGCAUCAGUAUUCACUGAUGGUAUAACACUGAGGUGUGUGAAACACUUCACAGGGCAGUGAAGAAAUAUGACAACUUAACUUUGAUUAAAAGCAAUCAUGUUGGGGAGCUUAUAUUGGCUGAAGUGGUUCCCGCUGAAUGUACUCAGACCCCCUGCCUUAUUCCACAUGUUGUGUUAAAGCCUGAAAUAUAUUUAAUACACAUUUUGAAUGCUGUCACCCAUCUACACACACUACCCCAUAAUGAAAACGUGUUUUGGGGAAAUGUUAGCUAAUUUAUUGAAAAGUGAAAAACAGAAAUAUCUAAUUUACAUAAGUAUUCAACCCCCUGAGUCAAUACAUGUUAGAAUCACCUUUGGAAGCGAAUACAGCUGUGAGUCUUUCUGGGUAAGUCGCUAAGAGCUUUGCCCAGCUGAAUUGUACAAUAUUUGCACAUCAUUUUUUUAACAAAUUCUUUAAACUCUGUCAAGUUGGUUGUUCAUCAUUGCUAGACAGCCAUGUUCAAGUCUUGCCAUGGAUUUUAAUGCUGAUUUAAGUCCAAACUAACUCAGCCACAUUCAAUGUCGUCUUGGUAAGCAACUGUAGUGUAUAUUUGGCCUUGUGUUUUAGGUUAUUGUCCUGCUGAAAGGUGAAUGUGUCUCCCAGA